AUGGCGGCUGGCCGCCCCCCUCCUGGGGCCCCGUCGAGCAAUCAACACGAUGAUCUGCUGCUCGACUUCGGUAACGAACAACCAUACUAUAGCGGGGGACAAAGGUCGACCCUAAACGACGACGAUCUCUUGCGACUACACAGCGAUGAUGCGCAAGGCGCCGCGCCACCUCGCCCGUCCGUAUCCUACGAUGACUUUAUCGGCUCUGGGCAAACAUCACAACAAACACCUACAAGACCUAUACAGCCCGCGCCGGGCGCGACAGUCGGCGGAGGCCCAGCAAGUCCAUACCCCGAUAACAGGCCGCUGGACCGGCAAUUCAGCCAGACGUCGGAUCUCGGAAACUACCAACGCUAUGCCGAGGACUUUGACGACUACCCUGACGAGGGCACCACGUCCUACUACCAACAUGGCGGUGCUCUCCCUCCGGACUCGGCGGCCGCCCGCGACAGCGCGCGCAAACGGAAUAGUGUCCUGAGCAUGGGCGGCGGGUUGAUCGGCCGGGCCAAGAACAUGCUUGGAAUGGGCCCUGAAGGUUACUCGGAGAUGGACCUUCCCUUGACCGACCCAAGAUCGACCGCACGGCCAGACCAUUCUCACGAGCCUCCUCCCCAGAAGCCGGCCAAGAAGUUCGAUUUCAAGUUCGGGUUUGGAGGUGGAAAGGUUGAUCCAGCAACCCUCGGCCCCCGUAUCAUUCAUCUCAACAAUCCUCCAGCCAACAGCUUGAACAAGUAUGUCGACAACCACGUCUCGACGGCCAAGUACAAUGUUGCGACUUUCUUGCCCAAGUUCCUCUUCGAGCAGUUCUCCAAGUUCGCCAACAUCUUCUUCUUGUUUACCGCCGGUCUACAGCAGAUUCCCGGCCUGUCUCCUACAAACAGAUAUACUACAAUUGGUCCCCUAGCCGUCGUGCUUUUGGUUUCGGCAGGCCCGUAUCUUGAGGGGCUCGACAUUCGAGGAAACGAAGGAUCCAACGUCCAAGUUGGAGAUAUCAUUCGAGUCGAAUCUGAAGAGUCUUUCCCUGCCGAUCUUGUUCUCUUGGCGAGUUCCGAACCCGAGGGUCUUUGCUAUAUCGAAACCGCCAAUCUCGAUGGAGAGACCAACCUCAAAAUCAAGCAAGCUCUGCCCGAAACGUCAACCAUGUUGCUUCUCCGUGGUGCUACUCUGCGCAACACCCCCUGGGUUCACGGUGUCGUUGUGUUCACCGGCCACGAGACCAAGCUGAUGCGCAACGCCACGGCCGCGCCGAUUAAGCGCACAAAAGUCGAGAGGCAGCUGAACACGCUUGUACUCUUCCUCGUCGCUAUCCUUUUGGUCUUCAGUGUAGUCUCUACUGUUGGUGAUCUCAUCCAGCGAAAGGUAGAGGGCGAGGAAGGUCUCGCUUACCUCUUCUUGGAUCCCAUGGACAAUGCCUCGGCUAUCGCUCGCAUCUUCCUUAAGGACAUGGUCACAUACUGGGUUUUGUUCUCCGCUCUUGUUCCCAUUUCGCUCUUCGUCACCAUUGAAAUGGUCAAGUAUUGGCACGGCAUCCUCAUCAACGACGACCUUGAUAUGUACUAUGACGUUAAUGACACACCCGCCAAUUGCCGAACGUCCAGUUUGGUUGAGGAACUCGGCAUGGUUGAGUUCGUCUUCUCCGACAAGACUGGAACAUUGACUUGCAACAUGAUGGAAUACAGGCAAUGCUCUAUCGCUGGAAUCAUGUACGCCGACAAGGUACCCGAGGAUAGAAUCCCGAGUAUUGAGGACGGAAUCGAGAAUGGAAUCCACGACUUCAAGCAACUGGCGAAGAAUCUUGAGAGCCACCAAUCUGCGCAGGCGAUUGACCAAUUCCUUACCCUUCUCGCCAUCUGCCACACUGUUAUUCCGGAACAAGCUGAGGACGGAAGCAUCAAGUACCAAGCCGCGUCGCCAGACGAAGGAGCGCUCGUCGAUGGUGCGGUACAGCUGGGCUACAGGUUCGUCGCUCGCAAGCCGCGUGCUGUUAUCAUCGAAGCCAAUGGUCAACAACUCGAGUACGAGCUCUUGGCUGUCUGCGAAUUCAACUCAACCAGAAAGAGAAUGUCCACAAUCUAUCGCUGCCCUGACGGCAAGGUUCGCUGCUACUGCAAGGGCGCAGACACCGUUAUCCUGGAAAGACUCAAUGACCAAAACCCCCACGUCGAUGCGACCCUGCGACAUCUCGAGGAAUAUGCUUCUGAGGGACUACGCACGCUCUGCUUGGCCAUGAGGGAAAUCCCAGAGCACGAAUUCCAGGAGUGGUUGAGGGUUUACGAGAAGGCGCAGAUGACCGUUGGUGGUAACCGUGCCGAUGAGCUGGACAAGGCUGCCGAGAUUAUCGAGCACGACUUUUACCUCCUUGGUGCCACUGCUAUCGAGGAUCGCUUGCAGGAUGGUGUACCCGAGACCAUUCACACCCUUCAGGAAGCCGGCAUCAAGGUUUGGGUCUUGACUGGCGACAGACAGGAGACCGCCAUCAACAUUGGCAUGAGUUGCAAGUUGCUGAGUGAGGACAUGAUGCUGCUCAUUGUCAACGAAGAGAACGCGGAAGCUACACGGGAGAAUCUCCAGAAGAAGCUCGAUGCCAUCCGCAACCAAGGUGACGCUACCAUUGAGAUGGAGACGCUGGCUCUUGUUAUUGACGGCAAAUCGUUGACAUUCGCUCUGGAGAAGGACAUGGAGAAGCUCUUCCUCGAUCUUGCCAUCAUGUGCAAGGCCGUCAUCUGCUGCCGUGUGUCUCCUCUGCAAAAGGCCUUGGUUGUCAAGUUGGUCAAGAAGUAUCAGAAGGAGUCGAUUCUCCUCGCUAUCGGCGACGGAGCCAACGAUGUCUCCAUGAUUCAAGCUGCCCAUAUUGGUGUCGGUAUCAGCGGUAUGGAAGGUCUCCAGGCUGCGCGCAGCGCCGAUGUGUCUAUCGCCCAGUUCCGUUAUCUCCGCAAGUUGCUUCUUGUGCACGGCGCAUGGAGUUACCAUCGUGUUUCCAAGACCAUCUUGUUCUCUUUCUACAAGAAUAUUUGUCUUUAUCUGACACAGUUCUGGUACACCUUCCAAAACGUCUUUUCUGGUGAAGUCAUUUACGAAUCCUGGACUCUCUCUUUCUACAACGUCUUCUACACCGUCCUUCCGCCCCUCGCUCUCGGUAUCCUCGAUCAGUUCGUCUCUGCCCGCCUGCUCGACCGCUACCCGCAGCUCUACAAUCUCGGCCAGCGCAACAGCUUCUUCAAGGUCCGUGUCUUCGGCGAGUGGAUCAUCAACGCCGUCUACCACUCCAUCAUCCUCUACGUCGGCGGCUGCCUCUUCUGGCUCAACGAUGGGCCCCAAGGCGACGCUCUCACCGGCGGAAAGUGGGUCUGGGGUACGGCCAUGUACGGCGCCGUCCUGCUUACCGUCCUGGGCAAAGCUGCGCUGGUAACCAACAACUGGACCAAAUACCACGUCAUCGCCAUCCCCGGUUCCAUGGCUGUUUGGAUCGUUUUUGUGGCCGUCUACGGUGAGGUGGCGCCCAAGCUGAACAUCAGUGUCGAGUACUUUGGCGUUGUCCCCAGGCUGUUCACCAGUCCGAUCUUCUGGAUCGAGAUGCCUACGCUGGCCAUCCUCUGUCUGCUCAGAGACUUUGCGUGGAAGUUCAGCAAGCGGUUGUGGAGACCCGAGGCGUAUCACCACGUGCAAGAGAUUCAGAAGUAUAAUAUUCAGGAUUAUAGGCCUCGCAUGGAACAGUUCCAAAAGGCCAUCCGCAAGGUCCGCCAGGUCCAGCGCAUGCGCAAACAACGCGGUUACGCCUUCUCGCAGGCCGACGAGUCGCAGACCCGCGUGCUCCAGGCUUACGAUACGACACAACAUCGUGGUCGGUAUGGCGAGAUGGCCAGUUCAAGACCGAACCAGUAA